UUCGAUGGAACAUUGUUUUACUAUCAAGGGAUUUAAUUUCAUGGUCAAUUUGUUUAGAUUUAGCUAGGCUUUCAAGUUCACUAGUGCAGUAAGCAUAGUUGCAAUUCUUACGAUGCAUAAGUUUGACCCUGCUCAUCAAGAAAUGUUGAUUAUUAUCACCAUCAACAAUCGACUACCAUCGUGCACAGACAGAGCGUAUAAAGAAACUUCGGAGCGAUCUGCUUGUGGAAGUGUUCCGCAGGCACUGCAACGACGCGCACGACAAAACGAUUACAGCAAGUGUCCACUGGGUGAUUGCAGUUUCCUACAAAAUAACACAAGAUGUUCUGCUUGUAUACAUUCCUCAUCCUGCUAGUUACAUUCGCAGACCACAGGGCAGGUGCUGCAAGCACGACACGUGAAGUAAGUAUGAACGAUACAUGUAUUUCCGAAUGAUGUAUAAUAUGCACAUUAAAAACAACAAAUCUGUGCUCUACUCUUUCAAUUUCUCACAGAGCUGCACCGGCGAGUGUACGAUGUACUACCUAUGCAAGAACAACAAGAUCGUGACGAACGGUGCCGGAGCGAUUGGUAUACGCGUCGGCGUCAACGAACCGGAAUGUUCUAACCCUAUGCAUGUUUGCUGUGAGAAAAGAUCUGAGCUCGAUGUUCCUUCACCGGGCGCCAGUAAACCAAGUGACAGUAAAUUUGUACUCGAUGCUCCUUCACCGGUCACCAGCAAACCAAGCGACAGUAAAUUUGUACACGAUGUUCCUUCACCGGGCGCUAGCGAACCAAGUGACAGUAAAUUUGUACACGAUGUUCCUUCACCGGGCGCCAGCAAACCAAGUGAUAGAAAAUUUGUACACGAUGUUCCUUCACCGGGCGCCAGCAAACCAAGUUUGCUUGACGUUUUUUCACUAGACGAUAGCGAAUCAAGUGACAGUGAAGAAGAAAGCUGUGGUACUCGUAAUGACCAUGGCAUUGGUUUCGAUGCUACACAUUUUCCAUGGUUGGUGAGCGUCUUCCACGAGGAACACGCUCCCGAUAGCUUUUCUCUCGCAUGCGGAGCCUCGUUGAUCACCCCGCACGCUGUCCUAACAGCGGGCCGCUGCGUGUUCAACAUGCCGAAGGAGAAACUGUUGCUUCGUGCCGGCGAAUGGACCUCCCAGGAUAAAGAACUUCGGCAGUACCAGGAGCGCCGAGUAGCUGACAUAAUGACAUAUGAAGAAUACAAUGACCGCACAUUUUCUAAUAAUGUGGCCCUGCUGGACCUUACCGAACCGUUCCAGCGGACAGGGAACGUGCAACCGAUCUGCCUUCCUCCAAUACCAGCAUCGAUUGAUGCUUACCGAUGUUUCACUGUAGCUUUUGAUGAGCAUCUGUCCUAUAAGCAUGGCAGCGUACAAUUGAAUGUGAAUAUGGCACAUAUUCCGGUAAUGCUAUUUGGUUUCUGCAGACAUUCGGGGCCAGGACCGUCAAGCUAUCUGUGUGCUAGAGGCAAUCUUGGACCAAAUGUAUGUCGUGCGAUUACUGGAACGCCACUCGUGUGUCCUAUGCCCGGCUCGCCAAACCACUACUAUCAGGCAGGCAUUGUUUCUUGGGGCGUCGGGUGCGAUACGUACGGUGUUCCCAGUGUGUUCGGCAAUGUGGCGUCGUUCCGCUACUGGAUCGAGCAGGCGUUGUAUGAGCUGAACACCAAACCCAAACAGAAAGAUAUGUUCCGUUAUUUCUAAAGUGCGGCCUGUGGUCGCAAGCAACCCUAAAGUUCACUGUUGAAAUACACUGCCGCGAGCUUCUACAGCCGCACCGCUCAAUAUUCGUGUUUUAACUAGAUCUUGAACAGAUAUCAAUCGUAUGGUAUGUGUGUGUGUGCG